AUGAACGCACCAGAUCGUUACGAGCGAUUCGUCGUCCCCGAAGGCACCAAGAAGGUUUCAUACGAGAGGGACACCAAGAUCAUCAAUGCCGCCUCCUUCAUUAUAGAGAGGGAGGAGCACACAAUCGGCAACAUACUGCGCAUGCAGCUUCACUUGGACGAGAAUGUUCUGUUUGCUGGCUACAAGCUGCCUCAUCCUCUGCAGUACAAAAUCAUUGUCAGGGCGUAUGUCGAAUUCCUGAAUCCAGUUUCUGUUCACAGCUUCGAUAUGCUAUAUGCUGUUAAUGGUUCUGGUGCUACUUGA